CAAGUGCCUAUGCGCGUCUCCAUAAGCAGGGCGGCUGAGUACAGGGAUAUUGAGCGCCGCGAGCCUUGUCGAGGUCACUUACUCCCGCACAUACUCGUCGGGUGAGCGGUUGCGCCCGUCGCUCUUUCCUCUCCUUGCGCGCAUCGCUGCUAUUGUCUGGGGCGCUCCCUCUCCUUUUCGUGUCCCUGUUAUUGUACUUUGACGGUGAAUGCGUUGUCGCUGCGUUCCUGGCUACAAGAACGUCAGUCAGCCCUACCAACCACCCCUUUAAUCACGAAACCCUACGACUCCUCACGAUCUCCACGACCCACGGCCGCUGGCGCAUACACCCUCGACCUCAUUUCACCACCGCGUCACGCGAUCAUGGCGCCUUCAACGAAACUCACGCUGGACAAGCUUGCCACCUUCGACGACAUCAUCACCGACGCGCUUGUCGACAAGCUGUACUUCUGGGCUAAGAUUCGCAAGAACAGAGGCGGCCGAUUCACGGGAUCAAGAGGGCUACACGAGGAAGACGUUGCCGACAUCAUCCGGCAACACGUUGUCUGGGAGAAAGACCCAGCCGAGGCAGUGCACAAGUUGUUGCAGUUGCCAGGACUGCGCAGGUUCGUGAACAGUCUGAAGGACGAGCGGGACCAGGACCAAUUCAGGCGACAUCUCCGGAGAUACGUCAACAUCUACAUGUCAGAUUGCCAAUUUGAGGUCACUACCACCAACCGCUAUAUGAUUACCGAACACGAGGCUUCAAUCACCGCGCGAAGAGACAUCAACCCCCGCGAGGAAAUCAAGUACUUGACCGGAGUGCAAGUGGCAAUGACAGAGGAGCAAGAGAAGGUGUUGGAGCUGGCGCGCAAAGACUUCAGUUUGGUGAUCUCCAGUAGGAAGAAAACGCGCUCGUUGUUCCUAGGCCCCGCGCGCUUCGCCAACCACGAUUGCGACGCCAACGCAAAGCUCACAACCAAGGGCUACGAUGGCAUGCAGAUUGUCGCAGUGAAGCCCAUUCUUGAAGGAGAGGAGAUUACAGUCUCUUAUGGCGAGGAUUAUUUUGGUGACGAUAACGAAGAGUGCUUGUGUAAUACUUGCGAAAGUCUCCAGCAAAACGGCUGGGCGCCCAUGAAGCGUGUUGAACUCAACGACGGCGAGAACGAAGAUGAGAUGCAGGUCACAGACGAAGUACAUACAGACGACACCGCCUCCGAAACUAUCUCUUCUUCCGCCAAGAGGCCACGAGUUGACUCUACAGAAGAGGAUCCUUCGCGCGACUCGACACCAGCCCCGAAACGUGCAAGAUUCGAGCAAAAGAGUUCACCAAACAAGCAGCACACAUCCAAUCUCCUUCGGAAAACGACGCUCAAGAAGGCACAUAGCACAUCGUCGUUGCGCCAGGAACUCCCAGUGUCGAGUGUCGAAGACCCGGCGACCAGCUUGGAGGAAUCGCCAGAAAAAUCGCACGAGAAUCGCAACCAGCAGCAUGAGGGCCUUCUGACAGUAAACACGGAUUUGAUCAGCUCGUCACGGGAACCGUCCCCACAGUCAUCUAUAGCGGCGGCCUCACCCAAGUCGACUCAUUCGUCUACAGAUGCUACAUCGAUAGACGAAGAUCAUGCACACGAAGUUAGCGAUCACAAGGAGAAGGUCGAUCCUCAGACGAUACAAGAUCGCCCAGCGCUUGGGGUGGCCAUAGUGAAGGAGGAAACUACUACGACAACGGUAAACGCCCCGUGGCCCUCCCCGCCUGCAGACGAAGACGCAUACAUGUCCGAUCUCAGCGAACUUUCUGAGAGCUUCGAAUUUGACAACGUGAACCAGCAGAUUGUCAAGCGCAAGCCUCGACCUACCCUACGCACGACACGUUCCAAAUCGCGCUUCGACGUUCAGAACCGCGUCGGGACGCCGAUCACGAUCGAAGAGGGGGACGAAGCCGAUUAUGUCGAGAAUACACGAAAGCCAGGUGACUACAUGACAUCAAACGCUCUUCUCUCAGCCAAAUACUCCAAGUGGGUUAAUUGCCAAACAUGCGACACAGAUUUCGUUCAGCAGGACGGCUACAACACGCGUAAAGAGUGCCCACGAUGCGAACGCCACUCGAAGCUCUAUGGCUUUCCCUGGCCCAAGACUGAAAGAGAAGGCAAGCACGACAAAGAGGAGCGCAUUCGCGACCACCGCACUGUUCAUCGCUUCGUCGACCCGGAUCAAGAGCGCCAACUGAAGCGCGAUAAGACUAAGAAGGUCAUCCGAGAGCAUAUCCGCGAACGCUUUUCAACACCGAGGAGUGCGAGGGAUACCAUGAGCUCAAGUAUAGAGGUUGAUAGUGGGAGAAAGAGGAGGCGUGUGAGGAAGACAAUGUAAACUCGUUGAUCUUCCAGGCAGCAUACAUUUGGUCAUAAGACAAGAGAGUAGAUAAAGAGGAAUCUUGUACACUACAAGGCUUCGACAUGCGUUCAGGCAUAGGCCUUGUGCACACACGAUUGCGCUGAAGAGAGGGGUAUAGCGACUGCUUCAGAAGAGGAGUAUGCGUGCAUUGUCUUCAUUGUUUUGGUCUUUACUUUUGCAUCAGGCGUGUACCAUCUUCGCGUUAUAUACUUCUUUAUCAUCUCUACUGCAUUCCGGGGGCAUACACUUGCAUACAAGCAGCGGC